AAAAAAUAAAAAAAAAAAAAAAAUACUAUGUUCAUUAUAUAUGUAUCUUUUACUUUGUAACGAACAGGGUUUACCCUAUAAAAAAGUUAAUGCUGCGGGAAUCCAAAUUUUUCUUCUGAUUUAUCCUUUGGUCCUAAAAAAUGGUGUCAGUCUUUUUUUCUUUCUUUUUCUUUCUCAUUUUUAUCUAUUUUUUUUCCCAAUCAUGAUUCACAAAUGUUCUUUUAUGAGUUUUAAUAUUCGACAUGACCAUGGUCCAUCGUCUAUCAAUAGUAUUCUGUCUGCUCCUCCUCCUAUGAAUGAAUUGAUAGGAGAACAACCUUGGCCUAUUAGAAAAUGGAAAGUGGCAGAUACUCUUUUAUUCUAUCAACCUGAUAUUGUAGGACUUCAAGAACCUGUUUAUCAUCAAGUAGUUGAUUUGCAUAUAUUAACUCAAGAAGAUUAUGAUUGGAUUGGUGUAGGUAGAAACGAUGGUAUUCAAGAAGGCGAAUAUACUGCUAUUUUUUAUAAAAAGGAUCUUUUGACUGUUUUGGAUUGGAAGACAAUUUGGUUAUCUGAGACGCCAGAAAAAGUGGGAAGCCAAGGAUGGGGUGCCAAGCAUCCAAGAACUGCUACUAUUGCAAGAUUCCAAUCAAAGAUAGAUGUCAACAUGCAAUUUAUUGUCAUCAAUACACAUUUUGAUCAUGUAUCAGAAGAAGCACGCCAAGCCUCGGCAACUUUGAUUCUACAACAAGCCAAGCAAUUAUCUCAACAACAUCAACAUACCCCGAUUAUCCUUUUGGGUGAUCUCAAUAGCACUGAAGAUCAAGCUGCCUAUCAUCAAUUGACUUCUUCUUCUACUCCUCCUUCCGAUAAUCGCACAUGGCUUCAUUUGGAUCAACUUAAUGAUCAAGCUGCUCAUUCUUUCGCUACGACUACUGGCCGUCCUGUACGCACUACUGAAAACAGUAUUCAAUUACCAACCCAUCGUGUUUUUCGACGUGAACGAUUUAUGGCUCAACAAGAAAAAGAAGAAGAUGGUGGAUUCCAUGAUACAAGAUAUGCUUUGGCCACUCGACUUACAUUAAACAAUAAUAACAUAUCUCAUCUCAGUGGACCUUAUGGACAUGAUUUGACAUUUACAAGCUUUGGAGAGGAAGAGGAAAAGGAAAACGCCAAUCGACGCAUUGAUUAUAUCAUGUAUAUGUCUCCUCAAGAUUCAAUCAAGGUACUUGCCUAUGCUAUUUUGAAUAACCAAUUUGAUGAUGGUUGUUUGAUUAGUGAUCAUCGUCCUGUAUUCACCCGUUUAGCUUGGUCUUAGUUAUUUGUAUCAUUAUUUUUUUUUUUUAUUAUUGUAUCGUUUUGAAAUAAAAUAAAAUAGUAUUGAUAUAAAACA